AAAGAAAAAAAAAAAGCUAGAACGACAGAGACGCAACCGUCACAACUCUCAGCGACUUGAAAGGCCAUCAUCUCACCACCCGCGCGGGCUCAAUUCUAAGGAGGUGGCUAUCUCUGUACUCCCGCAACUCUCAAGGGCUGCGGCCAGUAUCCGCCACCAUGGGCAAAAAACGAAAGGCAUCUCGUCAGCCUGUGGCGCCUUCGGGGCCCAGGGACGUGGAUCCUGCCGAUGCGCGCCUCCAGGUCAACUCGUAUGAGGAUAUCGCCGAUUCGGAAGAGGAGUACUUUAUGAACAAGGACAAGAUCCUCCUUGAAGAUGGCCCCAGUGCCAAGCGGCGAAAGGCCGACAAGGAGGAUGACAUGUUCGAGUCCUCGGACGAGGAGGUUCUGGACGGCGACGAUGACGACGACAGCGACGACGACGGCGACGACGAGGACAUCGACGGGCGCCAAGAAGACGACAGCGGCGACGGCGGCGACCCUCGGGCCGACGGCGGUGAGGCGGACGAUGACGACCGGGGUUAUUGGGGCUCGUCAAAAAAGGAGUACUAUGAGACGGAUGCGCUCGAGACCGAGGCCGAUGCCUUGGCCGAGGAGGCAGAAGCGAAGCGCCUGCAGCAAAAGAAGCUGGCCAGGAUGUCCGAGGCCGACUUUAUUUUUGACGCAGACGAAUGGGGCGCGCAGGGUGGGGAUGCCGACGAGGAGGACCAGGGCGGCGACGGAGUUCUCACCGAGGUGCUCAAGGACGUCGACAUCACCAGCGACUUGGGCCCCGAAGAGAUCUACAAGGCUCUCCAGGCCAGAUACCCCGAAUUCGACUUCCUGGUCGAAGAGUUCCAGCAGCUGCAGCCCCGGCUGUUGGAGUACAGGCAGGCCGCCGAGGGCAAGCCGUCCAAGUCUCUCGAGGUUGUGCAGUACUGGACGCUGGGGUGUUACGUCGCCGCGCUCGCCAGCUACUUUGCCAUCCUCACCUCGCCCUCCCGGGAUGGCCAUGACCAGCCAAAGGCCCUCGACCCGGCAACGCUGCGCGACCACGAGAUCAUGGGGACAUUGGUUAGCUGCCGCGAGGCGUGGUCAAGGGUCCAGAAGUUCAAGGGCCCCGGCAGGGCUGCCCGUCUCUCGAGCGAUAAGCAGUCGCACGAUGUGGCCGCCGAUGAGCUCCUAGCGUCAGAAGAUGAGAAUUCAAGACGGACCCUAAAGGCACAGCCCGACGACAAUGCCGGUCUCAGUAGUAAAAAGAAACGUCUCGACAAGCAAAAGCUCGCCAAAGCCAAGAAGCUGGAAGAAUCGCUGGCCGACCUUUCGGAGCUCUUACCCAAGUCACAGCAGAAGAGGAAGACACAACGGAAAGCUGCCAGUGCCGGCGCUGCCGGCGCUGGAGAGGACGACAACUCGGACUUUGGCGACGAGGACACUCUGGACGCGCGCACCGCGGAGGACAAAGCUGCGCGCAAGAAGAGCCUGCGGUUCUACACGUCCCAGAUUGUGCAGAAGGCCGGAAAGCGGGCCGGAGCUGGACGAGAUGCAGGCGGCGAUAUGGACAUUCCUCAUCGUGAACGGUUGCGUGACCGGCAAGCGCGUCUCAACGCCGAGGCGGAACGGCGUGGCCAAAAGAGCUCCAAGCACGGCGAGGAGCUCGGCGGCGAUGACGACGAUGACGACGACGACCAGGAGGCGCUGGCCAACGAGGUGCGCGACGACGAGGACGGGUACUACGACAUGGUGGCUCACGGGGCGCGGCAGAAGAAGGCGGACAAGGCGGCCCGGCACGAGGCGCUCCAGGCGGCCAACAAGAACGACCAGGUAGUGGAGCGCGAGGAGGUGGGCGAGGACGGCAAGAGACAGGUGACGUACCACAUCCUCAAGAACAAGGGCCUGACGCCCAAGCGCAAGAAGGAGGCAAAGAACUCGCGGGUCAAGAAGCGCAAGAAGUUCGAGGAGAAGACCAAGAAGCUCAAGAGCAUCCGGGCCGUCUACGGCGGGGGCGAGAGCCGCGGCGGCUACCAGGGAGAGCUCAGCGGCAUCAAGACGGGGCUGGUCAAGAGUGUCAAGCUUUCGUAGCAAGGGGGGCUGUAGUCGAUGCCGGGGUUGUAGUAAAUAUCGAGCGGGUGCAUUGCUGCUGUGGUCGCCUUGCUUGCGU